AUUUUAUUUAUGCGUUUUUCCAAAAUGCUAAAUUAAUCUUAUUGAGAAUAUGUGAAUUUAAAAUAGUCAGUGAGUGAAUGGAUUAGUCAAAACUUCUUAAUCGAAAAUAAGCGUUUUAACACUUCAACUAAUGGGCCGUGAAACAAGAAAUAAUACAUUUAUAAAUAUGAACUUGUUUAAUCAAAUCCGCGAGAAACAACAAUCAAUAUAAGCAAACUUAAUGGACACAUGUUUACAAUAAAACAAUCGGCAACGUCGCAAACUCGCGGAAAAACGCCGCCGACGCGAGAAGAAUAUCCUCUACUCUAUACACAUGUGUAUAUUCCAUGCCUACAUCCAUACAUAUAUAUACAUAUAUAUGUAUAGAGCAAACAGACAGCAGCGCAUACACCCCCUCUGACGUCAGACUGCCUAGAGCAAAUGAUCAUCAAUCAACGGUCGGUCGGUCGCGCGCGCGUAACGUUCAUUCGUUUCGAAAAACCGCCUCGUCAAAAGCCGCAGCUGGAGAGAAAACGUAUAAGUAUCUCCGAAGGUAGUCCGUCCACCUUGAAAACCACCUACGUCAGCGAGUUUGAGAAAAGAGAGAGGCCGAGAGAGCAACUGCGUAUAUAUAGGUAUAUAUAUAUAUAUAAAACAUCGGAAAAGAAAAAAGGAGAGGAGGAAUUCGCCGGGACGCGAGCGGCAGGGGGGAAAGUCGUUGGAACUGCCGCCGCCGCCGCUGCAGAGGAGUUUGAAAUUUCUCGAGAGUGCGCGGUCGUUGGCGCGAGACUGGGCGUCCCUCGCGCGGCGAGAAGCUAUAGCUAGCUCUCCUGUACUUUUUCGGGGCGCUAAGAAGAAGAAAAGAGAGGAGAGAGACAGAGAGAAAGGCAGGUAACACCAAAAAAGCAAACUAAAAGACUGACAACAUGCCUCCAGAUUCAAGAAGUGUAUCGUUUGUCUUUCACCGAGACAGCAUUAACGCAAGGAGUACCCCUGAAGAUGGUAGAGGCUCCAAAAACUUUAGGCAAAGGUUACAGGACAAAUUUGACAAGGAGCAAGUGAACAGAUCUAGAGACAAUCCUGGAAACAAGGAAGGCUCCGAAAGACCAUGGCUCAAUCUAAGUCUUGGGCAGGUUUCCACAGACUCCAAAAGGGCCUUGCGAAACGGAGCAGAUAAAAUCUCCAAAACCAUCUCAUCUGUUAGAACAACAUUUGGCUCUAUAUCACAGAAAUUCAAAAGCUCGACUCGGCGACGCCAGCGUCUCGAGGAGCAGCAGUCGCCUACGAGCAGUGCUUGUAAGACUCAAACGCCGCAAUCGAGAUCGCGCAACUUGCUCGGGCGUACGCCGACCAAGCUCUACAGUCCAUUUGGUAUUGAAUCACCGAGGACCGCCUGGGACAAGGAGAACGAAUUCACGCCCUCGAGCACUGCCUCCAAAGACAUGUACGAGCAAAAGCGUCACCGUCUCUUUCGUUUCUCCAAAGUCAACGGAUUCUGCGCUCUGAGAUAGGCAGACUGAUCCUUCUGUACUUUUUACUUACUCUUUAUUUAAUGUAAUUAUAUGUAGAAAUUGCGAAUGGCUGCUUACUUAAGACGGGAGGCUCAUUACGUUGAUCGUCGAAAUUCGAAGCGCCAAUCAAUUUGUAAUUAUGGAGCUUGAAAUUUUUUUGCGCUACAGGGGAGUAAUGAUUGAGCUAUUACGAGACUGUUUUAAUCAAGUUUCCAGCUUCGAUCAUCGUUCAGGCAACGAAUCUCAUUAGAAUUUAGACGGCUGAUUUCUUAUUUAUUUUUUCCUCUUUUUCGUAUUGACUCGCAGUCAUAUUCUAAGAGCUUAUAAGACUGUUUUCUUUUGUUUUGAUAGAAUAUUUAUAAGAUUUCUACUUAAGUUUUUUUUUUAUGUUAUCGUCUUCCCGCAUGAGUUUUUUCAUACCUUCGUUGUUCUUCGUCUAUGUCGAACAAGAGAUAUCCCGCAAACAUUUUGUCUAUACGAAAUACAAAGCAUUCUAUUGUGCUUUUCGAACAACGAUGAAGCCAUGUGCUAAUCAAAAUCUCAUAUCAAUAAAACGUAUUCUAAAUAUUAUGUAGUGGUGCGAACGUGACACUACAUAUCAAUGGAUUUGAGAAAUUAAUAUAAAGUAGUCAAAUGAAAGAUUUAUAGCUACGUUAUAUCAUAUAUAAAGAAUCCCGAUGGAUCGGGUGAUUCUAGCUUUUUAUACCAGUGCGCGAUUUUUCUUCGAACUUGCCUUUUCUACUUUUGUACUUUUAUAGUAUAUAGCAUGGUUUUUUGAGCGAUAUGUAUCUGCACGAGUACUCUGAAUAAAGUACUGAAUAAAUUGAAAAUGUUGAUUUCUCUUUUACAAAUA